AUGUUUAAUUCUCAUAGAAAUAAUAUUGGUUUCUAUUUUCAUUUAAUUAUAUUAUCUAUAUUUUUGUUGUUUAUUUCUCGAUCGACGACACAAGGACAACCAAGUUCAUGUACACAGUAUCAAAUUGGACAAACUCAAUGCCAAAGAGAAGCUGAAAGUUGUACCGAAAAUUCUGAUUGCAUGUAUGGCACCUAUUGUAAAACAUUUGAUGAUGAACAUGGUACGUCUCGUUGUGUCAGAAUUUCCAACUUUAAUGGCUAUUGUUCUGGUCUUGACGCUGGCACACUCGAAUGUGGAACAUUAUAUUCUUGUAUUGAUCAUAAAUGUGUAAGAGAAAAAUACAUUGAAGUAGAUCAACCAUGUGAAGAAUCAUAUGAGUGUAUGGGAACAUUAUUGUGUACUGAUGGAACAUGUCAAUCAAAUAAUAACACUUGUAAUGAAACAAGUCUCGAUCAAGACUGUCCAUUCACUCAUAGUUGUGUCCAAGGAACAUGUGUCAAACGUGCCAUGUUGGGAGGUGAAUGUAGUGAUAAAAAGGCUGGAUGUCCACUUGGAACCCUAUGCUUUAACUUUACAUGUCACGAAUUAUUCACUCUGAAAGAAGGUGAGGACUGUAUAAGUAGCGGGUUCAUGGAUCUAUGUGACUAUGAAAUGGGAUUCUAUUGUAACCCCAAAUCUAAAUGUGCAAAGAUUCCAAGACCUUCUCCUAUGGGUGCUAAUUGUACAGCUCAAAAUACCAAUACCAAUACCUCAACAACCACCACCACAUGUAACCAAUUUGAAGAAUGUUUUUGUGAUCAUGGUUCAAACAACAACAACAACAUCAACAAUAAUUCUUCAUCAUAUGGUGGAACUUGUUAUCCAAAGAGAAUUAGUACUAUUGAUAAAUUGGGAACUUGUAAAAGAGCCAUUUCAUCCAUGUUUGACUGUGCCAAUGAAAAUCAAUGUGUCUUUUCAGAUGUACCUCGAAUGGGAUCUUGUCUACAAGAAAAGUGUUCGGUAGAGAUGUGCGCCUAUUACCUAGACUGCACAGAUUAUACAAACCCAGUAACCAUAUCUCGUGACUGUGUCUUACCAAUGUACCAAGAAUAUUGUCCCAAUUAUUUUACUGGAGUCAUCGAUUCAAAUGCAUCUCAUUUAACAUGUAUAGCAUCAACAAAACUACUAUCAUCAUCAUCAAUCAUGUUUAAAUCAACCUUUUCAUCACUUGCUCUCAUCUUUAUUGUUGUCGUCACUUUAAACCUCGGUGUAUCUUUUACCGAUGGCAAGUGUUCUACUUAUUACCCAAAUACUGAUGAAUGUGCCUCUGCAGGCGAAGUCUGCAACUCUACUGUUAGAUGUAAUCCUGAUUUUUACUGUCAAGACGGAUCAUGUUUGAAAUAUGCUAAUCUUGGUGAAGACUGUCCAUUGGGUACUGAAUGUAACGCAGUGUAUUCUUGUCAAAACGGAGUAUGUCUACAUUCUAAAACUCAACAACUUGGUGAGAAUUGUACUGGAACCUAUCAAUGUUUGGGAUCAUUGGUUUGCCAGAAUGAUGUUUGUUCAUUAAACAAUGGUACUUGUGUCAGUUAUAUGGACUGUCUCUACAAUCAAACUUGUAUUUCAGGUGUAUGUGUUACAAAGACAACUGGAGAUGAGUGUACAAGAACCAACUCGUAUACCAACUUGGAUUGUGCAUUUGGUAGUUCUUGUGUCGACGGAGUUUGUACCAAGUACUAUUCGUUGGGUCUAGGUGACGCUUGUUACAAAUCAGCCUUUCUCGACACUUGUGAUUAUUCUCAAGGUCUUACUUGUGACCCCAAGCUCAGUGUUUGUGUUGCUCAACCACAGCUUACCAACUCAUCGGUCAACUGUAUGACUGCAGGUUGCCAAGUCAACGAAGUUUGCUACUGUGAUAAUGGAGUCUCCAACACUACCGGCCAAUGCUAUGGAACCUUUGCAAACAACAGAUCAAUGGAAUUGUGUGGAAGUUAUGCAAUCAGUUUCGUUCAAUGUAUGAUCCAGAAUGAAUGUGUAUUUACUCCACAAACUAUUCCAGGUAGUUGUAUGAUUGAUAACUGUGGUCAACCUCUCUGUGGUUUUACUGAAUACUGUGUCAACAAACAGCCAACCGCUACUCCUGUCAACCCAACUUGUACCGCCAAAAUGGGAUACACCUGUUUCAAAGGUGAUGAUUCAUCCUCCUCGGCCGUGAUUGGUCAACAAUCAUCUAUCAUGGUUACUCUAUUUGUUGCCAUUAUUUUUACAAUCUUUUUCUAA